AUGCCAACCGUCAUUCCCUCCCACGAAUACCCUGAAGCAUCCCAGGUAGACACAACCGACCCUGAUGCCCGUCUGCAGUAUUUCUUCGAUGUGGCUAGAUAUUUCGGGUCACUCGACUACCAGGUCUUUCAGGUGACGAAGGAGAGUUGCAUACAACGGGUAUGUAGCGACUUGUCACGAAUGAAUAUGUUUUUCGUGGUCGACGCACAGUUUAACUAUACAUUGGAGUCCGCUAUCUGGACAAGGUUCUUCUGCCAACUUGGGGAAGAAGCGCCCGAUUUCCCAUGGACCCUGGACCAUUUCCCGAGCCGCGCGCGCAGUUUUUCGGACAUUUAUCGAGAAUGGCGUAUUGCCAAUGGGCUUGACGUUCCGUGCUCCAUGUCUCCCUUGCCCACUGGCUCAGAGGACGGCAAUUGA